CUGGUCUAGAGAGCUGCUUGGCUUUAUCCGAAAUCUUUGGCUCGUGCCAAACAUGUAGGAGCACCAACUACUUCCGAAUUCUAAUCUAUAUUUAUAUAAUGAAUAAAUUAAUUCUGAUUUCAGUACAACAUAGCCCACCGCAUGCGUUCAACUUGAAACCCAAAAAGCUCCACCACUAAAUACUACGUACUCUCCAUUUGGCCUGGUGUUUUUGCUUUUCCCCGUUUCGAAAGAAAAGAAAACUCAUAUCAUACCCAUAGUAAUAUUAUAAUCUUGGUCAUCCUUUUGAGCUCUUCUUUCUUUUAAUCGACAAUUGGGCAACGGUCGGAGUGUUUCUGUCAAGCAAGCUAAAGGACCGAAACAGAGAAAGAUAUUAUUUCUCGAGUUUUGAAAAUCCAAUAUGACGAACUUGGAAAAUGCUGCUACUUCUGAAAACGUUGUUGUUGAGAAUAAUGUGAAUGAAACCCCUGAAAAUAAUGUUAAUUCUGUGUUUGUGACUAAUUCUGGUGACACACCUGAAUUUGUUGCUACGGGCUCUCACAGGGUUGAUUUGACGGGAAUGCCUGAAAAAUUUUCCGGGCAUUUUUUCAAGCGUUGGCAACAACGCAUGAAAAUUUGGUUAAUCACCAAGGGAUUGCUCUCGGUAAUUAUGACGGUGUGUCCCCCCGUUGUCGAGUCUGAUCCCAAAGGUCUUGAACGCCAAACUUUAUGGCGUGAGAGGAAUGAAAUAGCCAAAGGAAUGAUAUUGUUGGGACUCUCCGACAUGUUAUUUGAUGUGUAUUGCACCCUCCACGGCACGGCUAAAGAUCUUUGGGAUGAGUUGGAUAGGAAAUAUAAUACUGAUGACCACGGUCUAGAAAAGUAUAUUGUUUCCAAAUUCUUGAGAUUCGACAUGAAAGAGGGAAAAUCUGUUUUAGAACAAACACAAGAAUUUGAGCUUAUCUUACAUUCUCUCCGUGAAGCAGAUAUGGAAUUGCCUGAAAAAUUUAAAGUCAUGGCUGUAAUUGAAAAAUUCCCCAAAUCUUGGGAAGAUUUUGGUUUGACUUUAAAACACAAAAUGAAAAAGAUAACUUGGAAAAGUUUGAUGCAUUCCAUUACUGUUGAGGAAGAACAUAAGAAAGCGGGUUAUAUUGUGCCUGUUGAAUUUCAGCCAAAGGCUCAUGUUGUAACCGGGGGAAAGCAGUCACAAAAUUCUAAAAAUAAACAACCAUCAUCUUUUAAACCAAUAAAGGCCAAAUUAAAAAUUGCAAAGAAACCAAAGGCAAACCGGCCAUGCUGGAACUGUGGACAGAUGGGGCAUUGGGCCAAAUUAUGCCCAAAUAAAAAGGUUAAGGCUCAAUCUGGUGGACCUCAAGUCAACGUGGUGACUGGAGGAACUAGUUCCGAUGGCCUGCGGUUGGAAGAACAGUGAUGAUGGGAAACACAAGUGCUGCUAGUGUGCAUGGAGUUGGAAAAGUAGAAAUAAAAUUUCCUUCGGGAAAAAUACUUACUUUGCAUGGAGUGCAUCACGUUCCCGAAAUUAGAAGGAACAUUGUUAGUGGUUCCAUUCUAGUUAGGGAGGGUUAUGAGUUAUCUUUUAAAUUUAAUAAAGUUGUAAUUUUAUUUGGUGGAAUUUUUAUUGGCAAGGGUUACUUGUCGGAUGGACUUUUUAAGAUUGUGGUUGAUUAUUUUGAAUUAAAUUAUGUAUCUGAGAAUUGUGAUUCUUCAACUUUAUGGCAUUAUCGUU